AUGCAUCUAAGACAGGAACUCAAUGUGCUUAAACAAAUUUUGCCGAAUCUUAUUUACCCGGUUGGCUCAUUAUAUGUUUCAAUGAACUCUACCAGACCAGAAGUAGUACUUGGUUUUGGAACUUGGACUCAAAUAGUCGACAGGUUUUUGUAUUGUGCAAACUCUUCAAAGGAAACAGGUGGAAGUAAAACGAUUUCAGGUGAAAAUUUACCUGCACACAGUCAUUACAUAAGAUUAAGUACAUCUCAAUCAGGUUGGCAUAAGCAUAGAUAUUGGGAUUGGUCAGGAAUGAAAAAAGGUAAAGGAUAUGAUGUUAAAGACGACGUUAAGUUUGCUAUAAAUUGUUACUGGAGUGACACUCAGGGAGAAGGAAACCAUAUACAUUUCGUUUCAGGAUAUACACAAACAACGGGACAAAGUAAAGACUACAUGCCACCUUACAUGACAGUUUACGCAUGGUAUAGAAUUGCUUAG